AUGACAUCUGGUAAAGGACCACCCAAUGACAAGGAAACUUGGUGGUGGAAGGAAGAACUCUCGGAAACUAUAAAGCAGAAGAUUGCAAGGAAGGAAUAUUAUAAAAACAGAAAUGAGGAAAAUAAAGUAAGGCCUAAAACAGCGAACAAAGCAGCAGAGAAAGCAGUGGCAGUAGCUAAAGCUGAGGCAAGGGAAGAAAUGUAUCAAAAACUCGAUACAAGAGGAGGACAGAAAAAGAUCUAUAUAAUAGCAAAGGCCAGAGACAGGAAGAACCCAAGAGUGGAAAUAGGAGCGGGCUUACCAACAGAGAGGAGGACUGAUAACAUAUCACGUAGAGAAGUGGAAAAGGCGCUAAGAUUAAUGAAUUCAAACAAAGCCAUUGGACCGGAUAACAUCCCGAUGGAAGCAUGGAAAAGCCUUGGGGAGGCUGCUGUAGAUGUUUUGUGGGAUCUUUUAAAUAAAAUAUAUGAGCAAGAGAAAAUUCCAUCGAAGUGGAGGAAGAGCACUAUUGUGCCCAUAUAUAAACAGAAGGGUAACAUCCAGGACUGCACUAACUACAGGGGAAUUAAAUUGAUCUCACAUACAAUGAAGCUUUGGGAGAGGACUAUUGGAAUGAGGAUCGAGGCUGAAACGGUCAUCAGUGAGAACCAGUCUGGAUUUGUUUAG